UCCGCCUGUGGUACGCAACAUCCGGUUGUGCAGCAGCCAUUUUGUAUGUUCAUGCAAGUCCGUCCCUGACGGUCAAAAAAUUGCAGUUCCCACUUGGCAAUAAAUGCCACUUUUAUGCUUUUAUGGGUUAUAUAAUUUCUAUCAAAAUUGAAAAAGGGUGAAAAGCUUUGGAAAAAUCUUCUCCCGCUGGACUGACGGCAGGAUUUUCUGUUUUUGUGGACGCAAUAGUCAAGCGUCGUUGGGGGACAUGUCGAGCGAGGAGAGCUAUCUGGCCAUCCAGCGCUAUCUAACGGACGAGCGAGAGCCCUACGCACCGGGGACUCAGGGAAACGCCAAGCGGAAGAUCCGCAAGGCGGCCGCCUGCUACGUGGUGCGGGACGGAACGCUGUAUUACCAGCGGCGCCAGAAAGGCCUGGACGAGUUCACCGAGUUGGAGGUGGUGCUGCAGGCCGGGCGGCGAAAGGAACUGAUAGACGAGGCGCACAUCGUUCCCGGAGGAGAGCACCUCAACCAGCAACAGACCUGGGAGAGCAUCUCGCAGAAGUACUGGUGGAGAGGUAUACUCAAGCAGGUGAAGGAUUAUAUCCGGGAAUGCAGCCAGUGCCGGGGAAGACAGGAGCGUGGGCGUGGCUGGGUGGAGGAAGCCGCGGGGGAGACCACUGGGGGGCGCCGCGAGAGGCGCAGGGGCACCGCGGCCCCUGAUUCGGAGGAUGAAGAAGACGAGGAUGACGAGAUUCCGGAGUUACUGCCUGUCACAUCUGGGCAGCAGAAAUCUGCUCGAGGCCGCAAAUCCAUGGCCAAACAUGAGCUGGUCUUUGUUGACAGCAAAGGUGUGGUGAAGCAGCCCCUGCCCAAACAUGGCCAGACAUUGCUGGAAAAGCUGAACCAGCAGCGCCUGAACGGACAGUUCUGUGACGUCACUCUGCUGAUCGAGGGAGAGGAGUACCGGGCGCACAAGGCCGUCCUGGCCGCUUGCAGUGACUACUUCAGUGAGCUGUUCAUCGAGAAGGGUGCCGUCUCUAGCCACGAGGCUGUAGUUGACCUCUCAGGCUUCAGCAAGGCCAGCUUCCUACCCCUGCUGGAGUUUGCCUACACCUCCUGUCUCACCUUUAAUUUCUGCAUCAUGGCCGAGGUGGCCACAGUGGCACGCCACCUACUCAUGACCGAGGUGCUGCAGCUGUGUGAGUCCGUCCACAAGCAGGUGGAGGAGCAGAGGCUCAUGGUCUAUCAGAGGGGUGACGUCCACACCGUCUUGUCCAGCCAGUCCCUGCCCCCAACCCAGCAGGCAUCCGUUGAGGAAGGAGAGGUCUAUAUGGUCACCGUGCAGGAUAAUGGUCAGACCAUGGUCUGUGAAGGCAGAGACACUGUUGGUAGGAAGACCCUGGCCGUGGUCACCCAGGACGGGCAGGCUGUGACGGGAGAAACCCUGGCUGUGGUCACCCAGGACGGGCAGGCCGUGACGGGAGAAACCCUGGCUGUGGUCACCCAGGACGGGCAGGCCGUGACGGGAGAAACCCUGGCUGUGGUCACCCAGGACGGGCAGGCCGUGACAGGCGAGACCCUGGCUGUGGUCACCCAGGACGGCCAGGCCGUGACAGGCGAGACCCUGGCUGUGGUCACCCAGGACGGCCAGGCCGUGACGGGCGAGACCCUGGCUGUGGUCACCCAGGACGGGCAGGCCGUGACGGGCGAGACCCUGGCUGUGGUCACCCAAGAUGGGCAGGCCGUGACGGGAGAGACCCUGGCUGUGGUCACCCAGGACGUACAGGCCGUGACGGGCGAGACCCUGGCUGUGGUCACCCAGGACGUACAGGCCGUGACGGGCGAGACCCUGGCUGUGGUCACCCAGGACGGGCAGGCCGUGACGGGCGAGACCCUGGCUGUGGUCACCCAGGACGGGCAGGCCGUGACGGGCGAGACCCUGGCUGUGGUCACCCAGGACGGGCAGGCCGUGACGGGCGAGACCCUGGCUGUGGUCACCCAGGACGGGCAGGCUGUGACGGGCGAGACCCUGGCUGUGGUCACCCAGGACGGGCAGGCCGUGACAGGGGAGACCUUGGCUCUGGUCACCCAGGACGGGCAGGCCGUGACGGGAGAGACCCUGGCUGUUGUCACCCAGGAUGGGCAGACUGUGACAAGAGAGACCCUGGCUGUGGUCUCAGCACUGUGGCCAGUACAGGCUGUCCAGGCAGCUGAUACCUCAGCAAGGUCCAAGGCGGAAAAGAGCUCUGAGAUGCUUGUUAUUGGAGUGGACCCUCAGAAGGCUGUCUCCGCAAAAGCUUCAGACCCUGCAUUGACAAGGGUGUCUGACCCCCCUCUGUCCGCCGAGCCACCUCCCCAGCCGGUGCGGCGCAGACCUGGCCGUCCCGCCAAGGUGAGGCCAGUGCUGCUGCAGCCUGGGGACCCAUCGCCACCAGUGACCAAGGCUUCAGGGGGCAGGGCCACCCCCGAGCCAGCAGAUGGGAGUGCUGGCGCAGGCGAUGACACAUACAAGGGACGUCUCCGCCGGCGCUCCCUCGGGGAGGGGGGCUAUGUGCGCCUGCACAUGGGCUUGGAGAGGCCGGAGGACCAGAAGUCCGAGGUCCCGAAGGUCGCCCCCAAGGUCGUUCGCCGAGGACGCCCAGGUCGCCCCCCUAAGGUGCCCAGGCUGGAGGAGGAGGAAGAGCCCACGACCCCGACUGGACCGGCGGAGGCUGGGAUGCUCGAGGCGGCUGCGCCCCCAGAGAUGACGCACGCCGUGGGUCCGGAGGAAGGGCCGGCGGCCUCAGAGCAUGCGGGCGGGGCCAGUGGCGAGCAUAAGUGUGCGGAGUGCGGCCUGGUGUUUCAGCGGCGCUACGCAUUGAUCAUGCACACAUUGAAGCAUGAAAAGACACGGGGGUACAAGUGCAGCCUGUGCAGUAAGGAUUUCCAGUAUGCUGCCUCCCUGCGUGCCCACAUCGCUCGCCACAAGCGGCAGAAGAGCCAGAGGGCGUCGGUGGCCGUGCGGCCGCCUUUGGAAGCUGCGGACAGCAGCGGAGACAGCGAGGAGGGCCGCUCCCGCAUCCGCACGCGGCGAGAGUUCGUGUGCGACAUCUGCGGCAAGACGCUGCCCAAGCUGUACUCGCUGCGCAUCCACAUGCUGCACCACACAGGCGUGCGGCCGCACUCGUGCAAGGUCUGCGGCAAGUCCUUCGCCCACAAGCACAGCCUGAAGAUGCACAGGGCCCUGCACGACUCGAUGCGGCAGUUCCAGUGCACGCUCUGUGACAAGUCCUUCGUCAGCAAGCGAAGCCUGGAGGAACACACCAGCAUCCACACAGGCGAGUCCAAGUACCUGUGCACCACGUGUGGAAAGCCAUUCCACCGAGCCUCAGGCCUAAGCAAGCACCUGAAGAGGCACCAGCCCCGGCCAGAGGUCCGCGCCUUCCCCUGCUCCCACUGUGACAAGAGCUUCUACGAAGCCAAAGACCUACAGCAGCAUAUGAACAAGCACUUGGGCCUGAAGCCCUUCCAGUGCCAAGUGUGUGGGAAGUGCUACAGCUGGAAGAAGGACUGGUACUCACACGUGAAGUCGCACAGCGUGGCCGAGCCCUUCAGGUGUAACAUCUGCGGGAAGGAGUUCUUCGAGAAGGCCCUGUUCCGGCGGCACGUCAAGAAGGCGACACACGGCAAGAAGGGCCGGGUGAAGCAGAACCUGGAGCGCGAGUGCGAGCACUGCGGCAGGAAGUUCACACAGCUGCGCGAGUACCGGCGCCACAUGAACAACCACCAGGGAGUGAAGCCUUUCGAGUGCCUGACCUGCGGGGUGGCGUGGGCGGACGCGCGCUCCCUGAAGCGGCACGUGCGGACGCACACAGGCGAGCGGCCCUACGUGUGCCCUGUGUGUCAGGACGCGCACAUCGACGCCCGCACGCUGCGCAAGCACAUGGUCAAGUACCACGGCGACUACCUGCCCGGCAAGAUCAUGCUGGAAAAGGACACGCUGCAGUUCCACAACCAGGGCACGCAGGUGGAGCAUGCCAUCAGCAUCCUGGCCCCCGAGCUGCCGCCCGAGCUGCAGGCCACCCACGCAGCGGCCGGCGAGGAGAUCGAGACGGCGCUCAUCACCGAGGAGACGGUGGAAGCCGUGCAGGCGGUCAGCGAGAUGCCCAUGGAGGGCGGGGCCGUCGCCGCCGUGUCCACCCUGUCGGACCAGAGCAUCAUGCAGGUGGUGAACUAUGUUCUGGCCCAGCGCGCCACUCAGCCUGGGGGGGCCAAGCUGGAAGAGCACGCAGGCGACGUCAUCCACACUGUAGAGGUGGAGGUGGCCCACGUGGCGGAGGUCGAGUGAUGACCCAUCGUGUGGAGACACGCCAUGUACAAAGCGACUCCCCUAUUUUUCAUUUUCCACCUCCCAAAAGGCUUUGUUCGUUUCUUGAAACUUGACAAUUGAACCCGUGGCGACAGUAUCCGGCCCUUUUCUCCACACCCUUUUCUUUCCUCCAAGCAGUCGGAGUUUGUAUAUUUUGGUUAUUUCAGAAUCAUGUCUUAUUGACCUGUGAGUGGCAUCGGGGGGGAAGCUUCACUUCUGCCCCUGCAAAGCAUCUGACACCGACUGUAAUACCCUGCAUUCUGAUCCGUCGACACUGCCAUCUAGUGGCAAAAAAAAAAUAAAAAAUCUGUAAAUACUGAAUGCAAAAUAAUCUUAAUAAAGAGGCACUGCGUUGGUUUAUUAUUUUGAUGAUUGUGUGUAUAAGUUCUUAUGUGUUAAUAGUGUGUAAUGCGUUUAACGUGGGUUGAUAAUAUUCAUAUAAAAAUUGAACACUGAUGCACUGAACAUUGGCG